CAGUACUCCAGUAGGCAGUAACAUUUUGUUUUUUAUUUUUAAUCAGUUUUCUUUUGUUUUCAUUUUUAAAAACAUUUUUUAUUAAAAUUACUACUCUUAUUCGUUUUUUCAUAGUGAACUAAAAAAAAGUGUGAGAUGUAAAUAUUAUCUGUGCAUCGUCGUUUCAAUGGUAUUUUAAGAUUAUGUGAGUUACCUACUUAUUCGUGUUUUUUUUCUCAUCUUAUCUUAUGCUCUAAAAACUUAAUUUCAGUUAAAACCCUUUGAGAAAUUUGAAAACUACUAGAAAAAAAUCAUAUCGAAGAUGAGUACCUUCAAUCUUGAAAAAAUGGUAGGAACCAUUGAUAAUCUUAGUACUUCUUUAGAUGUAAUGUUAUGUUGCAAAGAUAGUGAAGGCGGACAAGAAAUAUUAGAAUCUUGUGAACAAUUGGAUAAUUUAAUUAUGUCAUUUGAUGAUCAAAUAAGUAUUCUCAAAGAUGCUCUAAUUAAAGAAAAAAAUUCUCGUCAAUCGUCAUUUCAAAGACAACUGGAUGAAUUGAAAAUGAUUGAGGAAAGAUGUAAUCACAUGAUAGUUUACAUACAAUUAAAUUCUGGUUGUACAAAUGAACUUCAAGCACAACAGUUUAAUCAAAAUAAUGAAAUAAAAGAAUAUAAAGGAAAUAAUUCAAAUAAUAUGACUAACAUAACAAUGUCACCUGUACCAAUGUGGAAUGAUGCUUAUUCUCUAUCUGAGAACACUAUACACCAUACUACUAUGUCAAAUGGUACGAUGAUGAGUAAUAGUAUGAUGGGGCAGUCUUUAAAAUCUCAAUCUGCUAAACAAGUACUUGAUAUUCCACUUUUAAAAUCUGUUAGCAACACUGAAAUGGAUACUGUUCCAAAAUACAUGAAAGGUCGAUUAACAUCAUUAAAUGUGAAUGUUGUGAUAGAUGGUAUUAAUAUUGCAUUAGAAAAUAAAUAUGAAAUUUUGCGUAAACCAAGAAACUUAUUAAAAAAAAAAGAUCAAGAUAUGUACAAUACAUGGAAAAUUCAACAAAACAAUGUUGGACAAGGUCAAUAUUUUGUAACUGCUGAUGAUAUUUCAAGAUUUGGUGAAACAAAAGUGGAUAAAACUACAUUAAAUAUAAUUCCUAUAUUAAGACAUUUAAAACGAUUAAAAGAAUCUCGAACAGGAGGUUUUGUUUAUUAUUUACCAUACUAAAAAAUGUAUAUCUAAAAGGAAAAAAAGACAAUCAUAUUGUGCUUAAAAUUAUAUUUUAACUUAAGACUUAAUAAAUAUGUUAAACUUUUAGUAUUUAAUUAAUUAACCACACUAAAUAUAAUGUAUAUCAUAUAUAUUAUAAUAUACUUAUUUUUAUACAUAGGUACACGUUAUUAAUAAUGAAUGGAUGACAUGAUACAUUUUUAUUUUCACACAAACUAUCAAAAUAGAUACACUGGAUAUAUCAUAUUAUGUAUUAUAACUAUAUUUUUAAGUGACUUUUACUUUUAUACUUACAAUUUUUUAAAUAAUAAAUGUUAGGUAUUAGGUAAUUUGAUGAAUUUGUAUUUUUAUAGAUCUAUUUUUUUUAUUUGUGGAAUUUUUCAUUUUUAUCAGAUAGAUUCAUUUUGAUGAGUGAAUUGUGAUAGGAUAAGCCUAUCAUACAAAUCAUUUUAUGUUUAUAGUUUCUAAAUAAACUGUAUUUUCAAAUAAGUAGGUGUCUUAAUUAAGAUGUGAACAAAUUAUUUUUGAUAAAUAAAUUAAACGAAUCUCUUAAAUAA